AAAUAAUUGAUCAACAACAACCAACAACAACAACAACAAAAAAAAAUUCACAAAAUGAAUGAUAAAGUAUCCAAUCUAUUCAAUACAUGGUCUUCAUUGAAAGAACGUGUUCGUAGUAAGAUUCCGGAAUCAUGUACUGAAGCUGUGGAAAAGAUUCGAAAUCGACGAGGUGAUGAACAUGAAAUGGGUACAUUUCGUACAUUUGAACAAACAAAUCAGACUGGUGGCUUACCGUAUGGCAGUCAAAUGACUAUGGAAGCUGGAACCGGAUAUGGUGAAUAUCAAGAUGGAGUACCGAAUGGUUAUUAUGAUGGACAACAACAACCACCACCACAUUUUGUUGAUCCACAUACUGGAACUUCGGGCAAAAUUUCUGCAUGGCAAGCUGGCUGGAACAUUACAAAUGCUAUACAGGGAAUGUUUAUCGUUUGUUUGCCAUACGCCGUUCUACAUGGUGGAUAUUGGGGUGUAUUCGUAUUGUUAUUUGUGGCGUAUAUUUGUUUCUACACCGGAAGAAUAUUAGUCCAUUGCCUUUAUGAACCAAACGAACAAGGGCAAAUGAUUCGAGUACGAGACAGUUAUGUAAAAAUAGCUGAAGCAUGUCUUGGUGAAAAAUAUGGUGGCAUAUUGGUGAAUACGGCACAGAUAAUUGAAUUAUUGAUGACAUGUAUUCUGUAUGUUGUGCUUAGUGGCGAUCUAAUGAUUGGCUCAUUUCCUGAGGGAGUCAUCGAUCAACGAUCAUGGAUGAUGAUAUCCACCAUGCUAUUAUUGCCAUGUGCAUUUCUUACCAAUUUACAUUCCGUAUCAACAUUAAGUUUCUGGUGUACGGUCACUCAUAUCAUUUUGAAUGUCAUCAUUUUAGGCUAUUGCUUCAUACAGAUUGGUGAUUGGCAAUGGUCCAAAGUAUCGUUACGUUUAGAUAUGGGCACAUUUCCUAUUACACUUGGCAUUGUUGUAUUUAGCUAUACAUCACAGAUUUUUCUUCCUACACUCGAAGGUAAUAUGCAAAAUCCUGAUGAAUUUGAAGAGAUGCUUAAAUGGAGCCAUAUUGCUGCUGGAUUAUCAAAGGCAUUGUUUGCAUUGAUCGGAUUUCUUACAUUCGGUGAAGAAACACAGGAUGUAAUUACCAACAAUCUUCCGACACGUGGUUUUCGUGGUCUAGUCAAUCUAACAUUGGUUGCAAAAGCUUUGCUAUCAUAUCCAUUGCCAUAUUUUGCUGCAGCUAGCCUCAUAGAAUCGGCAUUAUUUCGUGGUCGACCAACUGAACAACGUCCAGAUGGUGAAGGUGAUCAACCAUUUCCUACUUGUUGGGGCCGAGAUAAUGAACUACGAGUUUGGGCCGUUACUCUUAGAGUGUUGUUGGUAUUGUUCACCAUGUUCAUGGCUGUAUCGAUCCCACAUUUCGUCCUAUUGAUGGGUUUGAUUGGUAAUUUCACCGGUACAAUGUUAUCAUUUGUAUGGCCAUGUUAUUUUCAUAUGAAACUCAAAUGGUAUACACUUGACAUUCGUCAUAUUGCAUGGGAAGUGUUUAUCAUUUGUUGUGGUGUACUAUGCGGUAUCAUUGGCAUCAUAACUAGCUUUACGGCAUUGGUGGAAACCUAUCAUAUACCAUUACCAUAUCCAGAUCAGAAUGCUAUGCAAGGAUGAUUCGAAUGUCUCUGUCUCUGUUUUUUUUCCAAUAUAUCAUUAUAAUAUAUCCAGUUCUGGUUGAGAAAGAGUUUAGAAAAGAAAAAUUUUCCUGCGUUCCAGUUUUGUUUAUUGUUGUUGAACACAAUAUCUAUCUAUUUGUCUUUGCAUGUUUCAAUUAUCAUUCGAUUCAAGAUUCAUCUCAUUCAUUCUAUAUAUAUAGAAUAAGAUUUGUGUCCAAAAAUUUGUCUUCCAAUUUUCUGUUUUGUUCUUCUGAUCAUGUUCAUCAUUUAUGUGUUUGAUUGUUUGUUGAAUAGCCAAAAAAUUUAUAAAUCGCGCUAUGAUGAUCGAUUACAUUAUGAUGAUUCGAGAAAUACAAUAUUGUAAUUGUAAUUGAAUUAUAGAAAGAAAAAAAAAAAAUUAAAAUUA